AUGUCCAACAGUAGUUCUGUAAGUGAUGCCUUUAAAGGUUUAGCAGAAUGCGAAGAUGAGAUGGAGUUGGUAGAAAACAAGGUUGAAUUAUAUAAGAUUAAACUAACUACCCCAGUUUUUGAGAAAAGAGAUAAACUCUUGAAUGAUAUACCAUUUUUUUGGAAUAUAGUAUUAAGCCAACAUUCUGAUUUCGCAAAUUAUAUUAGAGCUUCCGAUUUCAAAUAUAUCGAGGCUAUAAAAAGUGUCAGGGUCCGGCCUUUGGUUUUGGAGGACGAAACAGCUAGUCCUAGGGAUUUUAAAAUCACUUUUGAUUUUAAUGAGAUAGAUGGAGAUCUCCCAAGCCAAUCUGUUACUAAGGUGUUUAAGAUCGAAAAGGAUAUUUCUAAAAUCCAAGUUAGGAAACAUCGUACACCUGAAGAUGAUGAAUUAGAUGCUGAAUUAGGGUUUUUAACAAGUGAACCAGUUAAUGUUGAAUGGCCGAAGUCAUAUGAGAAGAUUACUCCACAUCUCAUUGCUGACAAGACCACUCCAGAAGGAAAGAAGAAUUAUCGUACAGGUAUGAAAACCUUUUUUGCUUGGUUUAAAUGGACAGGAUUAAAACCAGGGAAAGAGUUUCCAAAUGGCGAUUCUUUAGCUAACCUUUUUAAUGAGGAGCUUUAUCCUUAUUGUGUCAAGUACUAUACCGAAGCACAGCGUGAUGUUAUUGAUGAAUCGGAAGCGGAUACCGAUGAAGAAGACAGUGACCAACCAUUAAAACUUGACUUAAAUGGUAGUGAGAGUGAAGAGGAGUCUGAAACUGGACCUCCGCAAAAAAAGGUUAAAGUUUAA